AUGGUGCCCGGCCUGUCUUGGGCUUUUAAAGUUGAUGGUCGAUUAACUCGCUCCGGAGCAGGUAAGACCUCUUCUCGCGGGGUCCACUCGGUUGUCCUGGGCGACGUCGAAUAUGCUGAUGACACUCAGAUUUUCGGUGAUCAAGAAGAGGUGAGCUUGGCUGAAAAUAUCUUUGUACAAACAUUGCACGAUGGGGCGCAACAGGAACACCCGGAUAAACGAGAAAAGCUCAUUCUCUGCGCAGGCGGCAGGGGUGCCACGGAAGUCCUUAACCAAUUUGAGCGGAAGACGCUCAAACACCUGGGCGCCUUCCUCUCUGACGCCGCUGACUACUGGCCCGACAACAAGGUACUCUAUUGGCCGGCGGCAAAUCCCGUGUCUGGUCUACCACUCAAGUUCGCAAAGCGCAACAGGUACUCUUUUGGGAUUCGCCGCGCACUGGGCCUUGACGCCUUCAAUAUGCGCGAGUUCAAUAUUGCUGACGCGGCUUUGCGAAGACUCGUGCACUGGGAUACUUUUGAACAUCUACUCCAUCGCCAAGUCCUGCGUUGGGUCCGCCAUAUCGCCCGCAUGCCAAUUUCCAGACUGCCCAAGAUUGCUCUCUUUGGGUGGCCAGAGGGGAUGACUAGACAUCGUUCCUGCCGCUUCACCUUCCCCAUGUGGGUCAAAUGGGUCCUUGCGAAACACCAAAUCUCACAUAUGGAUUGGUUUCGUCGGGCGCAGAAGCCAUCUGAUAAUUGGCUACGGCUGAUCAACUCCCUCUUACCCCGCCAAGGCCCGUCCCGUGACGACGACCGCUUGAUCAACAGCUGGCGGCCGGGGCUGCCCCUGCCCCCUGACCCUGCUGCCAUGCUCACCGAUGCCGCGCCUCCCCAGGUAGAUCCUUUUUCCGACGCUGAGGAGACAUGCAUCGCUCCCUCCUGGCCAUGCCCGGCAUGUCCUUACGUGGGCGCUUCUGCCAAGGCCCUCCAGACGCAUUAUGACAACCUCCACGCCCCUCAGGACCCCGCUGUCACCACUGUCUUCCACUCCAUGUGCCCCAAAUGCAGUCAGGUCUUUGUCACUGCGCGAGAAGUCCGCCGUCACCAGUGUCCUGUCCUCCCUCAAACCGUGGACGAUAUUCCUGUCAUCCCGGCUUUGAUACCUUCUUCGGUGCCGCCUGCUUUAGUUCCUAACUCCCCCAUGGGGUGGGCCCUCUAUACUGACGGCGCUGGACCAGACGACCGUCAUCCGGGCGCGGGUUGGGGCGUGGCAAUCUGGGAGGGCAGUCUCUCUUCUGACCUCCCCAACUUUGAGUUGUUCGGCCCUGUUCCUACAGCAGAAUGGGACGCCCGCUGGCUCGGUGCACGGACUGCCUCCAACAAUACUGGGGAACUAACAGCAGUCGCGGAAGCCCUCCUCUGGUUAGAAAAGGAAGCUCCUGGCCCCGCAUGUGCUCCUGCUACCAUAUGGUUCGAUUCCACUUACGCCCAUGACAUAAUCACUGGUAUCUCUGCCCCUGCGGCUAACGAGGAACUUGCUACCACUGCUGUCGACAUUUAUCGCCGUAUUUCCACUCUCCGCGUCAUACAGUGGUGUAAGGUUAAAGGCCACUCAGGCAACCCGGGUAACGACUAUGCUGAUGCCUUGGCUGACAAGGGUCGAGCCGGUGAACAAACCCGACACUCCCCUCGAUGGUUACUGCCUGUCGGUUCUCCGGCCCCUUGUGAUCCCCUGCUCACCGACCACUGUUGGCGAUGCGGUAAGGUUUACACUGGCCUCUCCCACGCCCGGCAGCUUGCGGGCCAUGAGGCCUACUGCAAGGUCCCAGGUGCGCCGCCUGCUUCCAUCCCUUGUCGCCGAGGCUGUGGCCGGUCCUUCGAAUGGCGCUUUGCGGAAGGUAAGCGCAAACAGGCCCAUCAUGCCAGAGAAUUUCGCCACACGCAUGAAAAAAUCUGUCGAGGCUCUGAGGCCCUGACUCGCGUCUGCCCCACCUGUGACCUGCCCUUCUCGGCAUCUACUUCCGACGAAAUGAUUCUACAACACCGCAACGGGUAA